AUGGUGUCGCAGCUGGUCAAGCACGAGCGCAUCGAGACCACCCUCGCCAAGGCGAAGGAGGUCCGGCGGAAGGCGGAUCAGAUGGUGCAGCUAGGGAAGGAGGGCAGUGGCUGUAAACAACCUAGCAAUCAUUUUGGAGAUGCUUCUCCACAUGAUGGUUGGGUUCUAAUUCUUAAAAGAGAGGAUAGAUUGACCGCAUUCCUUCUCCAUCUGUGCGAAGGGUGGCAACAAAUUGAAUUGAUUCACUGGCUGCGUGGGAGACGUUGGUGGGCACCAGGGUUCCUCAUUGUGAAGGGCAAGCUCGGCGUGGAAGGGAACUCAGUGCAGAGGGCAGUCUUGCCAUGCAUGGGAGCUCAACGCGGAGGACAAGCUCGCCGUGGGAGAGAUCAACGUGGAGGGAAAGCUUGCUGUGAAAGAGACCUCAGCAUGGAGGGCAAGCUUGCCAUCAAGGAGGAGCUUGGCACGGAGGGGAGAUGGGACUAG